CGCCGCACCGGAAAGGGAGGAACCACGCACUGCUCGUCCCGCGUGCCGCUCUGGCGUCAGCAGUAGAAGGCGGAAGCGUAGUCUUCAGGAUGCGGUUCCUGGUUGCGUUGCUCCUGCUGCGUGUCGCAGGGACGGGAGCUCCCUUGGCCCCUUCUCAGUCAGACGCCAACCCGGGAAAAGAAAAUCCACCACUUACGCCUUCCGCAGGCUCCAACCAUCUCCCCACGCCCCAGCUCUCACACGAAGACCUCAAGUUGAUCGAGCAAAAGCUAGCCGUUAAGGAAGUCCGGGGCAAAACUGGGGAUCCGAGCAAGGCAGCAAAUCCCGAUUUGGCCAGGUUCGAGGAACAGACCACUGCAACAGAUCUCGAGUCGGCCAAACCCCGAGCGCAGACCGCUGCAACAGAUCCCGAGUCCGCCAAGCCCCGAGCGCAGACCGCUGCAACAGAUCCGGAGUCAGCCAAGCCCGGACCGCAGACCGCUGCAGCAGAUCCCGAGUCCGCCAAACCCCGACCGCAGACCGCUGCAACAGAUCCCGAGUCGGCCAAGCCCCGAGCGCAGACCACUGCAACGGAUCCAGAGUCCAGAGCACAGGCCCCUGCAGCUGAUCCAGAGUCAGCCGGACAUGAAUCGCGGACCACCGCAACUGAUCCCAAGUUGGCUGGGUCCGGAGAGCAGACCGCCAUAUCUGAUCUCAAGUCAGGAGGCCUUGAACAGCAGACCCCGCCAGAAGACCCUAAGCCCCAUGACAAUGCGCAGGAAUCCCCAAAAGAUGUUUUGAUCUCCAAUCCCUCUUCAGAUAAGGAGACCCCCAAGAAUGACAAGACCCACCUACCUGAAAAAGAACCGUCAUCUGCGCAUACUUCUAAAACUGAGAUUGGGGAGAGACAGACAGUGGCCUCUGACCUCCCUUUGACUCAGGAAAGAGAAGAUAAAUCUUCAGAGCCUACUGAAGAUGUGGAUCCUAAGGAGGCUGAAGAAGGUGACACAGAGCCUGAAGAGGGCUCGCCUCUUGAAGAAGAGAAUGAAAAGGUGCUGAGCCCUUCCUUCAGUGGGAACCGGGAAGGGACACAUCUGGAUCCUGUGAAUAGCGAGGAUAACUCUUACAAGGAUAAUCCUGGAAGUGCCAAUGCAGAGAGCAGCCACUUCUUUGCAUAUCUGGUGACUGCGGCUGUUCUUGUUGCUGUCCUCUAUAUUGCCUACCACAACAAACGAAAGAUUAUUGCUUUUGCUUUAGAAGGAAAACGAUCCAAAGUCACUAGGCGGCCAAAGGCCAGUGACUACCAACGUUUGAACCUAAAGCUUUGAUUUUGUUUUAUCUGCAAGAACCUUGUCCUCACUGCUGAUUUGUUUCCGACUCAAGAGAAAUGAAAAGUACUGUGACCCCCUCUGAGGUUUGGUGACAAGUCCAGACUGGCAGAGACGGGUUGCUUCAGGUUUUGCACCUGCACUUUGGUGACAUUGUACUCCGGUGAUAUUUUAUUUACUUUCGUGUUCCCUUUCGCUGGUAUAUUCCAUCAUCCUUUCUUCCUUCGAGUGUGAGUAGAGGAGAUAUGUGAAACAUGAGCAAAGGGGACCCCAGCCCUGGGCAGCCUACACUGCUGACCAUUCUCCCUUAGCCUUGACUCGGAAGUGAGCUUAGUCCUUCCAGUUCAUCUUUGCAGCUCUAGAAUAUUGUGCAAGUAGAGGCGUUGUUUUAAUGCCUGUUUGAAGGAUUUGUGCCCUAGAAAAGAUGUAGAAGAUGGCAAAAUGCUGACCAGCAGAGGGAUAAUUUGAACAUGGAAUUCUCUCUAGAGACCUCAGCAGCAAACCAAAACAGCAAGCUUAAAGACUGCUUUGUCAUCAUCAAGUCUGACCCAUCUACAUAAAUUCUAUGCAUUUUUCUGGUAUUUUAUACCCAAGAAAAGGUGAAUCAGCUUCAUUUUGGUUGUACUAGCACAAAAAAGCUUGGGCCAGGCCUGUUGGCACAUACCUUUAAUCUCAGCACUUGGGAGGCAGAGGCAGGCAAAUCUUUGUAAGUUUCAGGCCAGCCUGGUCUACAUAGCAAGGUCUGGGCUAGAGACCCUGUCUCCAAAAACCACAACAAAAAGUGAGCUUGGGGUUUCUGGAAGUAAAGCCACUGUCCUAUCAGAUUUUUUAAAAAUAUGAUAAUUAUCAUUUAACAAGUGUGUUCUUUCAUAGUCACGCUAAAAGGGGCUCCUUGGAAAAGGGCAGGCCUUGAUUUGCUCAAGAAAAUAUGGAGAGAUUUGGUCUGCACAAAACAUGUUCUCCACAAACUCUAUUUUGCCUUUAUUGCCUAAUAUAGAGUCUUAACACACGUAUACAUACAUACAUACCCACACCUAAGAACUAAGUACACUCUGCACAGUUUACCUUAAUCUAAGAUGCUAAAGUGAUUAGUAAAAGAAUCUUUUCUCUCCCAUGCUGGAUCGUGAAACUUUAAGAACUCUAGUAGAGUCCCUGGGAUAACUGAGGAUAGUGUCUUGGACUACGCUGUGUCUGAAGUUUGACUCCAGUCUGUGCGGUCAUGCCUGAAGAAGAGAUUCUCAUCUAAUCUUAGGGACAUGGAAAGAGUGUGGGAAAGGAGAGAAACUGGGUGAGUUCUGUGCUGUCAGAGUCCAGUUGGAAGAAGAACUCAUCCUUGCGUCGUCUUGCACCGAGCUAAUAGCACAUAGGACCUGGAGUUAAGCUGCUAUUCUUGGCAGGUAGCACUCUGGAGAUAAGGACUGUGUGCUCCUCACUGGUCUUCUCUGUGCUGUACACAAGUCUUACAUUACUUUUCUUCAGCCUGAAAAAUCUUCUGAGGCCCCACCAGCUCUUCCUAAGACCUCUCUAGUUCUCCUAUCUUCCCUUCCUUCCUCAGGCGUUCUGUUUGUGCCCAUCUACAUGAACACCUUCCUUCCCUCCAGCCUGCAUACAUGCAUGAUGCCAGAUUUCCCUCACCCAUGUCCUUCCUGUUAAUCAUUCACCAUUCUGCUCUAAUAAGUGUCCUUUCCAUGGCCUUGCUGUGUGUUCUUUCCUGAUGUUUACAGAUUCACUUUGGUCCCUGUCUUUCUACUGUUUCUAAUGGUCAUUCACUUAACCAGAUCACCAAAUCCAAAGGUUCAUCCCGAAGAUUGCUCUUAUACUUGAUAGGAUUCGGUGCCAUGGGCCAUGCGCACUGACAUUCUCUUUGUGAGUGUCUCAUAAACUGCUUUGUCUUACCCUAUGCUGGUGGGGAGACGACCUCCAGAGUCAGGUCUCUGUUGCUUUGUCUGCCUCAGAAGUUCAUCUAUUCUUCAUUCUCUCAGUGACUCCUAGCCUCAUCUUUGGCCUACCUCUCAAGAACCCAGUCAUACUAUGUGCUAAUAGCUCAGCUACAUGCUGUUAGCACCACAAUCUGAGUUUGUCCUCCAGCCCUCAAGCUCUCUUCUCACUUGCCCAAUUUCUUUAAUUACCUGAAAACUCCAUACUGAAAAUUACCAUUUUUCUCAAGUCCUAUCCAAUUUUUAAAGAAAGUGUAUCCAACUACAGCCUUUCCCUCUUUGCUUACUUCCCUUAUCCCACACCCGCAUCCAUUGUACUUUUCUGUUCAUUUUUUUUUUUUUUUUUCCUUUUUGAGACAGGGUCUCCCAGUAGCCCCGCCUGGAACUCACUUUGUAGACCAGGCUGGCCUCGAACUCACAGAGAUCUGCCUGCCGCUGCCUCCCAAGUGCUGGGAUUAAAGAUGUGCGCCACCACGCCCAACCUGUUCAACUUUUUAAUUUUCAGGAUCCGCCUGAACUGAUUCUCCUAACCCUUUUCUCAGGUCAGUUUGAAAAACAGUGACUUUUCUGCGUUGUGUGCCCUGGUCUGGAGCUUCUUUCUGAAGCUGUAGAUGCUUUAGUAUUCUGGACUCUGCAGAAGGAUUCCUUCUGGGCUUUUCCUUCCUCAGGUUCCCUCUCGCCUAUGCGCCCAUCGUGUCCUCCACAUUCCAACUUCCUGGGUUGUCCAGUGGUUAGGUUUUCCCUUUUCUCUCAGCUUACCCAAAUCUACCUUGUUUUGCAGGGCUCAGCCCACAUUCCAUGUUACUUCCUAGCUCCCCCAUUCUAUUCUGAUAGCUCUUUUUUUUUUUUUUUUUUUUUCCGGUCUUUCUGAGAUAGGGUCUCCCUAUAGCUCCAGCUGGCCUAGGACUUGCUACGUAGACCAGGCUGGCCUUGAACUCACAGAGUUCUGCCUGCCUCUGCCUCCCAGUGCUGGGAUUAAAGGUGUGAGCCACCACAGCCAGCUUUCUGAUAGCUCUUAAUGCUACCCCUGUCCAUUUGGGAACUUAGCAUGACAGAGGACUUAAUAUCUGAAGUUGCUCUGAUCUCACCAAGAAAUUAAGCUCUGAGAGAGAGUGCUUGACAUUGUUUACAUCUGCCAAGUGUUGUGACAGCCCUCGGAGACAUCGGGGGUCUUGGAGGAUUUUUCUUUCCAUGACAUCUUGCUGAGAUAGAAAUGAGGGCGCACACAGCUCUUUCUGGCUACUGGUUGCUGAGAUCUUGACUUGAUGGGCAGGAAGAAAGGUUGGUUUCAGGAACCAAAAGAUGGAUAGCAAGUGGACACAUAAGUAUUGUCACAGAGUUCAUGAAGCGUAACCCUUUGGGCUACUGAGAAAUAUUUGUGCUGGCAAAGUACAGUGGAAUUUGUUUCACUUGAGAAAUGGCACUGGAGUCAGUUCCCACCAAAGGAAAACUCAUUUUUAAGAUGCUUGUUGUUUUGAAGCGAAAAUACAUGAAGCAUGUUUGCCUAGAAUGUGGAUGGGGAUGAACCAGGUGAGGCGUCCGAGCUAGGGGCUGGGCUGGCAUGUAGGAAGCACACAGAGCCUCGGGAAGCACCCCCUAGACUGUUGCAGGUUUGCUUUCUUGCCCAUCUUUUGUCUAAAGGGCGAUUGGUUAAGGAGAGUCUGUUUCAGUCCUAGCUUAUUAAUAGCUUCACUGCUGUGAAUUACUGAGGAUAUUGUUUAUAGAAGCUACUUCAGGUUUGGGAGUCAGAGCAGAACAACUUAGAAAGACCUGACAGACUGACAUGUUUCUCCCUAGUGAUAGCUUUUGAUGAGGUGUUUGGUGAUAGAAUUAGUACCCUUUGGAAUUUCCCCAGCGGCCAUGCUUUUUCUUCCCCAGGGUAGUCUGAUACAUAUGUUGGAGUGUGCUGUGCUUUUGCACAUGCCCUGGACUGCAUGAACUUGGAGUGGGGUAUGCUAGCCACAAGGUCCUAUGGCUUUGCAGGCUGUCUUCUGAAAACCCUUACUAGGAAGGUUGCAUUUGAUAUUGCCUUGCUAAAGAAUGCUUUAAAGAUGUUUUGAGGUUUAAUAACUACAUCCAGAGCAAGGGUGACUCAGUUCAUUUAGCACCUCAAUUGAAAUGUGAAUCUCCUAAAUAUUUCAGCUUAGAAACUCCUCUGUAGGGUCUGGGCAUCAGCUGGCAUAGCAUGUCAAAUUGCCCACAAAGCUGGCACCCUCACACUCUGAUAGGAAUUUAAUUCACCAGACUGCUGUUAAGUAAAUGAUUGAAUGUUGAAAUUGUUAGUCUUGUUUUGUUGAAAUUGUUAGCCUUGUUUUGUCCCAAUUAGUAGAUUGCCACUGUUAGCCAUGGAGUCCUAUAGUUUCACCUUUUUUGUAACAAAUCUAAUUGCUUAAUUUUAUUUUUUUAAAGCUUAUUAUUGUUUAAUGACACAUAUUUUUUCAGUAUAUUUGAGCUUCUGUACAUGCCAUCUCAAUGUAGUUUUAUGCCACUAGUGAACAGAAACCAAAAUAAAUUUCAGAUAUUAAAGCAAUGAAACCACUACAUGGUACUAAUACUAUAUUAAAAUGGACUGAUAAGACUGGUACCUCAGUCUGACCUAA